AUGUCCUACCCAAAUCACUCCAGUCCCUCAUCCUUCAUCCUGACAGGCAUCCCUGGCCUGGAGGAUGCUCAGUUCUGGAUUGCCUUCCCAUUCUGCACCAUGUACAUCAUGGCAGUGCUGGGGAACAUCACACUCCUCCUAGCGAUUAGGAGACCAAGCCUGCACCUGCCCAUGUUUUACUUCCUCUCCAUACUGGCUGCCACUGACCUCACGCUCACCACUUUCACCAUUCCCAAACGCCUGAGCAUCUUCUGGUUCUGCUCCCACGACAUCAACUUUGAGGGCUCUGUGGCCCAGAUGUUCUUCAUCCACAGCUUUUCCAUAAUGGAGUCAGGGGUCCUGCUCGCCAUGGCCUUUGACCAAUACUUGGCCAUCUUCAAGCCUCUGUGCUACUCUGCCAUCCAGACUGACCCCACCAUUGCCAAGCUGGUUUUAGCUGCUGCAGUGUGUGGCAUCGCCACCAAGCCUUUGAUGUGCAUCGUGACCAGCCUGUCCCACCGUGGCCCCCGUGUCAUUCCCCACUCCUACCGUGAGCAAUCUGUGGUGAAGCUGGCCUGUGGGGACACCCAGCUCAACAGCGUCUAUAGGAUCAUGGCUGCCACUGUCAGGGCGGGCUCAGUCUCCAUCCUUAUUGCUGUCUUCUGCUUGUUGAUCCUGAGGGAGGUCAUAGGUCUCUCCUCCAGAGAGACUCUUCUGAAGUCCUUUGGCACCUUUGGCUCCCCCAUAGGUGUCAUCCUGCUCUUCUACAUGCCUGGGCUCUUCUCCUUCUACACUCAGCACUUGGGCCAGAGGAUCUCUGUGCACCUCCACAUCCUGACAGCUGACCUCUACCUGCUGGUGCCUCCAAGGCUCAACCCACUCAUCUACAGAAUGAGGACCAAGCCUAUCCGGGAGUGGGUGCUGAGCUUGCUCUGGCAGAAAGGGAUCCAGCCCAGGUCCUGA